GGGACGUGCAGCGCGGUGAUUGGUCGGUUCGGCGGGACGCGCCGCUAUUGGCUGGGAGCCCGCGCACGCGGCGGAGGCGGGAAAUUGUGAGGGGAGAGCGGCGGAGGAGAAGCUGAGGAUUUCCCAUUGCCCACCCCUGGGAGGCUGUGAGGAAGAGGAAGAUGCCCCAGGACACUGAGGCAGAGCAGGAGCUGAGCAUGGAGAGCAGGGAGGACAAAUCCCCGCGGCAGAACCUGGUGGCAGAGGCCGUUUUGAGCGGCUCCACGGCGCAGGAAGCCAACGGGGAGGAAAAGCCCCGGAGAUCCCGCACGAGGAGGGGCUGCAAACGCAGAUCCCAGGGAUCUGAGGGGGAAAGAGCCAGCCUGGGCCGGGAAGGCGGCCGGAGAUGGAGCCAGAGCUUGGAGCUGGUGCUGCAUGAGCAGGUCUGUGAUGGGGAGAAGCCCCACACGUGUGGGGAGUGUGGGAAGAGCUUCAGGUGGAACUCCGAGCUGAUCAGGCACCAGAGGACCCACACAGCGGAACGGCCCUACGAGUGUGAUCAGUGCAGGAAGAGGUUUCACACCAGUUCCCAUCUCCUCCAGCACCCACGCACGCACACAGAGGAGAGGCCCUUCCGCUGCCCCGACUGCGGGCAGGGCUUCAGGCAAAACUCCCAUCUUGUGUUGCACCGACGCAUCCACACUGGGGAGAAGCCCUAUGAGUGUGGGGAAUGUGGGAAGAGUUUCAGCCGGUAUUCCAGCCUGACCCGCCACCAGCGCAUCCACACUGGGGAGAGGCCCUACGAGUGUGAUAAAUGCAGGAAGAAGUUUCGGACCAGCUCCCGUCUCCUCCAGCACUAUCGGACUCACACAGAGGAGAGGCCCUUCCAGUGCCCUGACUGUGGGAAGGGAUUCAGGCAGAGCUCCACCCUCAUCAGGCACCGGCGCCCCUCGGCGGGGCCGCCCCGUGCCCGCCCCUGCCCGGCCCGCCGUGGUUCCGCCUCCGCCGGGCUCUCUCCGUACUGGCUGUGGCGCCGCUGGAAGAGCCGCUCUCUCUGGUGCUGGCGGAGCAGCGCGGUCUUUUGGCUCCGCCUGGCGCGGGCUCUGGCCCAGCCCCGGCCGAGGCCCCGGCCCCGAAAGAAGCCCCUGCCGUGGUUCCGCCCGCUGCCACCCCGCUGCCGCUCGGCUCCCGCCCUGUGGCCGACAGCGCCGCCGGCAGCUUCCCCGCUCCGAGCUCCGCCUCUCGCCAGCUCGGCCGCCGGCCCCGAGCCGCCGCAGCCCGGGGCGGCUGGGCAAGCAGCAGCGCGCCGGGCGGGCGGGUGUCCCGGGCAGAAGAGCAGGAGCGCGGUGCCGCCCGCACGGGCGGAGAAGCCUCCCCUAGAGCAGCUCUACCGGGAGCGGCGACUUCGGCAGCGUUUUCUCCGGGACCCGGCUCGCCGACGGCGCCCCGGUAAGAGACGGGGCCGGUCGGAGGGGGGCGGCGGGCGGUGA